AUGUCACCAACGACCACGACCACCACAACCACCACCACCCAGCAGGAGAGCGGCGGCGGCCCCGUGGGCCUCACGUCUGUCGGCCUUGCGUCCCUCAUCGUCAAGACGCGCGAGGUCGGUGCAGACGCCUCUAUCGCCAGCGUGCCCCUGUCCGAGAGCCGCGGCCUCCCCCUGCACCAGAACACCAACUCCAACCCACCCCAGUGGCCCACCAACGGUGGCGAAGCGACCUUCCUCGUCUUCAUGUUCUCUGGCGUUUACGGUAUCCACCUGCUCAACAAGGCGUGGCGUAGUACGUUUGGCCAGGUCACGGACAGCGUCUGGAAGUACAAGGUUGGCGGUCACUGGUAG